UUGUGUCAUACGGCGUUUCAGGGACGGACUGCACGCUCCUCACGCUCAAUCUGAAUAUCCAUGAAUCCCACUCGCAGGUCAAGUUUCAUUACCAAUUUCGCGUUACUCAUAUUACUCUAGUCUGUUGGGCAGAUAUAUGUUGCGACAAGUUUUUCAGAUCGCGCCGUACCAUCGCUUUCACCUCCGACAAGCUUACAGGAUAUACCCCACGCUUGACCCUAUGUCCCACAGGCCGCCGGCACAUACGAUACCCAAAGAUACGAGGUAGGGUUAUUGGUGGCGCUCGGCCAGACCGAUGUGUCACAAUCAUGUAGACUUGUGCAGGAAGGCUGAGGCUUUGCCUUCUCAGCUUGGGGAACAAGGGUAGCCGAGGACAGGUACAGCACCCGUGGAUCAUCGACGCAUCUCUCGCUGGCAUAUACAACACCAUAGGAAUUUGUACCAUAUUAUUUAUACAUAGAUCGCGAUGCAACUGUGUCUCUAUCUUUGCACCCUACGGAUUGCAUCACUGGUCGUUGCGAAAUAUAUUCCCGAUCUGCAGGUACAGAGCACAAGAGUGCAGGCAACAAUAUCAGCGAGUGUUAUUACACCAGCACCUCUAGUACACGGCGAUGUCUUCAAAAGGUCUAUCGCGACAUGCGGCUUCGUUCGCGGCAACUCAGCACUACCUAUCACAUGUGCAGAGGACUAUGCCUGCAUCACUACACAGAACUUACAACUCGGCUUUGCAUGCUGCAACAAUGUCGAGUGUCUCGAUGAUUGGGCUACAUGCCGGCCGUAUGGUCAGACCGACUGUAUGGGUGUAGCCCUACCAGAGGAUACCUGCUCUUCCAUAUACGGCUCGAUCCUUCAAUGCUCACAGCAAGCACAGCAGUGCUUCCGUUAUGCUCGCAGCUCUGUACUCGGAGCAAAGGAAACAUUCUAUUCGUGGGCAUGCGGAACAGCUUCAGAUGACAUCCUCGUGCUUGCGACUGUUACAGAUGGAACUUUUCAAACACUAGACUCUGACACCACGGGAGUUGAUGACCUUUUUCAUUCAAUCACUAGCGGUUCCGGGGCAACUGCUGCACCCAACGGCCCUUCGGUCGCUGUCGCCAACAGUAGUCCACUUAGUACGACAGCGAUUGCUCUCAUAUCAGUGGCCGCUGCCGUUUUUCUCAUCAUUGCUCUGCUGAUCGGAUACUGCUGUUGCUGGAAAAGGUUUAUCAAGCAGCACCAGCGGGACAAAGAAAUCGUUCAACAAACCAGGCCUCAACAGAUGCCAUACCAGCCAACUGUUACAAGUGGCCCCCGUUCUGAGUACAUACCCUCUUGGAGUAGCAGAACACCUCUCGGAGCGAAUCCGGACGCGCCGCCAUCUGUUGCUGCUAGUGAUUAUUCUGGUGUCACUGCAAGUGACAUGGCGAGGCCAAUGGCGACACUGCACGAACAGCACAGCGGCUAUGGGUACAGGUCUUAUUGAUGUAUAGCCGUGGAAUAAGCUCUGACAGCAUGCUCGACAUUUUAUGAUUCUAGCACGAUAGAAUUGAAUGCUGAAUCAGCGUUGAUAGAUGGAUGGCGACCUACUUUGUAUCCUAUUUUACUCUGCCCAACUUCGACGCUUAUAGACACGUUGAAUAAGAUUGGAAAAGACGAUAGUGAAGAGUGUAUACACUUCCUUCAGAGUGCUGCUUCCCAUAUCUUUCUGGUAGCCUCCAGUUUGCGUACUUUGUCGCUCCUG